AAAAUUCGUAGGUUGGUAUUUCACGUGGAAAAGGUUAUGGAUAAGUCAGUUGAUUUGAAACUUAUUAUGAAGAUCCUGGGCCGCACAGACUCACAAGGACAAUUCAGACGAGUGAAAAUAGAGUUCCGGCAAAUAAAAUCGACAAAUUAUCAAAACAUGAAAGGUCCGGUACGUGAAGGUGAUCUUUUAACCUUGUUUGAAUCUGAGUUUGAGGCAAAAAGAUUCUAAUAACCAGAGCAGCAAUUUUGAUUGACGUAGAAAAAAUCAUUGCCAGACAAAAUGGAACAGGGAUUAAGAAGAGGCAGGCG